AAAAAAAAAACAGCUGUCAAAUAAUGCAAGGAGAACGGCCAUUUUUCUAAAACACAAACAAGACGAGAAAGCGAGUUAUGAAAAUAUUCGCAGCGAACGUUGGUCAGAUGAAAUUAUAAUUAAACGUGGUUCAAGCAAAUAUUCAACAUAUAGUUGCAAGGAAGAAACCUGGAGAUAUACAGGUCAUUGCGAAAUACACGCAUAUGUUGUUAAAAACAGGAUUUAACUAACGUUAGCUAACGUUACAUUCCAAUUUCGCAAAAUUUGCAGUAGCUGGCUAGCUGGCUACUUAGCUGGCUAGCUAGUGCGACCAGCUUUCAACAAAAGGUGUUUAGAGGAAAAGAGGAACAAUAGACCCGAUGGAAAUACUCAAGCAGGAGUAAGAAGACAGAAGUGGAGAGAAUAAUAAAUGCAAUGUCAAGAAGAUACACAUAUCACUCCCCUUGAUCUCCUGUUCUUCACAAUUUUGCUUCAUGGUCAUUUAUUAUGAUCACCUCCCAUGUUGUAAUUAUUGGUGCUAUUUGUCCGUAAACAUUUUGUUAUUGUUUUCAUUUGUUGAUUGGUGAGCUUGCUGUCACAUUUGGUCAUUCCGUCACCUCACCUAACCCCUUUCCCAGAGCCUUGCAGCUAUUUGCUCAGUGUAACAGACUUGUUUGGCCCAAGUACACCCACUCUAAACCACUGCACACAGAAGAACCAAAUAGCCUUUAACCCCCUCGUGUCUGGACCAAACUGGUUCAAUCUUCUGGACAAGAAGCCUUGAGCUCCAGUUGAAGAGAGGAGUAUGACUGCUGAAACACUUAACUUCGGCCCAGAAUGUUGUCUAGGGGAAGAUAAUGGGCGAUGCAUAUCCAACUUAAACUUGAGGCUCCGUGCACUAUCUAGAGGGCGGAGUGUGACGUCCCCCCCUCCCUCUCCAGCAUUGCCAAAGUCCAAGCUGGCCGAUUACCGCUAUGGUCGUGAGGAGAUGCUAGCACUUUAUAUCAAAGAUGACAAGCCCCCAGAGGAUAUCACGCAGGAUAAGGAGUUUGCUGCUAUCCUGCAGGAUGAGCCUGUGCAGCCUUUGGCCCUGGAGCCUCUAACUGAGGAGGAGCAGAGAAACUUCUCCAUGUCUGUGAACAGUGUGGCUGUGCUGAGGUUGAUGGGAAAGGGAGGCGGGGCUGCCCCUGCAGGUGUGGCCAAGGGUCGUGGAGGAGGCAUCAGAGGGAGAGGAAGAGGUGAAGGUGCAUUCUACCAAAGAGCUCCUGGCGGUCCUGAUGAUGGAGAGGUGGGCUUCGGUCGUUGCCGAGAAAUGCUCCGCAGCCAAAGCUGGGAUGACCGGGCUGAGAGGCCCAGGUUUGAGAAGCCAAUCAGGCGUGCUGAGGUAGUGCGUCCAGGGUUUGAGGAGGCGGGGCCUCUUGGCAGGAAGGACUCCUGGCGUGCCGACAGCGAUAACUGGCGUACCCUCCGGGAGGAAGAGGAAGAGGCAGCAGCAGGAGGAGGAGGGGGAGAGCAGCCAGUCUGGAGAGUUGCAGGAACCCGCCGUGAUGAUGGGGGUCCUCGGUCUGCAGGCUGGCGUGAUCAUGGCGGCCGGCGGAAGUUUGAGUUUGACUUCCGUGACAGCGAGGGCCCCCGCAGGGAGGACAACAGGGACGGCCUUCCUGAGUGGUGCACUGAUGAAGAGGAUGGAGAGAUGGGCACCUUUGACUCCUCGGGGGCCUUCAUGUGCAUCAAGAAAGGCUCCAAGGGCACCAUCACUGAAGAGGAUCUGGAGUUUGAAGCUCUAGAGGAAGAUGAGGAGAACGGUCAGGAAGGCAAGGACAAUGGUCAGGAAGGCAAGGACAACUAUAAGGAUAACUACACUGACGGAGAUGAGUGUGAAGCAGCAUGUGAGGGGGUGGUCAAGUACAGGACUCCAUCUCCUCCUGCUGUCUCGGCCCCUCCCUCCUCAGACCCUCUCCCUGCCCCCUGUGCCCCAGAGGCUCCCUUGGCACCCAUCUCCCACCCCUUCAAAACCAACCACGUGCCCACUGAAGGCAGCUCACCUCCAGGGAGUGGUGCUCAGCUCAGUCCAGACCCCUCCUCCUCCACCACCACUUCCUCCAGCCUGAUGCCUCCUCCCUCCUUUGGAUCUCUCUUCCCAUCAACAGGGGGAGAAGUGGAGGAGGACGAGGGCAUGAAGCACCUGCAACAGGAGGCUGAAAAGAUGGUGGCAUCUCUGCAGGACACAUCCCUUGAGGAGGAGUGUUUCACCCAAGCACUGCAGGAGAGCCACAACAUUACCUCCCAAUCUCACACACACCCAGCCCCACACUCACACACACACACCGCUGGACACACGCACUCCCACUCUGCCCAUAGGGACUGUGCCCUGCCACUCUCCCACGAGGCAGCCAUGAAGUGGUUCUACAAGGACCCCCAGGCAGAGAUCCAAGGUCCCUUCUCCACAGUGGAGAUGUGUGAGUGGUUCCAGGCAGGCUACUUCUCCAUGACACUGCUGGUAAAGCGGGGUUGUGAUGAGGGCUUCCAGCCCCUGGGAGAUGUCAUCAAGAUGUGGGGGCGCGUGCCCUUCUCCCCCGGCCCCUCCCCCCCACCCCUGCUGGUGAGACAGCCUCCACCACCUCGGGGGUCCUCUGGCAAUAUGGAUCAGGAGCUGCUGAAGAAACAGUUAGAACAAGCAGCCACUGCAGCUCUAUACCAGCAAUUGCAGAUAAGGUUUCAGCACAUGAAAAGGAGUGGGGAAUCUAGCAUGAUGAACAGGUCCAUGUCAGUACCAGAUAAUGGGUCUAUGUGGGACAUGCGUACCUCAGCCUCCCAGCAGUCAGGAGGUGAGGCCAACCUAUGGGACUUAACCAUGAGUCAUUCCACUCAGGGGCCAUCUCUGGAGCAGCUACAGAAGCUCCAGGACCGGCGUGAGGCUGAACUCAGGGCCAAGCGAGAGGAGGAGGAGAGGAAGCGGCGGGAGGAGAAGAGGAGGCAGCAGGAGGAGCAGAAGAGGCGUGAGGAGGAGGAGCUGUACAGGCGUAAGCAGCAGUGUCGUCAGCAGCAGGAGCUGAUCCUGAAGCUGCUGCAACAGGCCCAGCCCGGGGGCCCAGGGUGUGUCUCUGGGUCAGGGUCAGGGACAGGGACCGUGUGGAGUGGCCCCCAGGUCUCAGCUCUCUCCAAGCAAGGCAAGAGCCUCAGCCUGCUGGAGCUGGAGACCGAGAGGUUGCUCAAACAGCAGGCCCAGCACCAGAGGGCCCAGCAGCAGAGAGACAGGCAUGGAGGCCUGUCUAUGGGUCAGUGGGGUGAGGGGUCUGUGGGCAUGUGGUCUGGUGGGGGCAUGGAGCCCAAAGGCAGCUCUGGAGGUAUGGGUGUCUGGGAGGAGGCUGUGAAGAACCAGAACAGCCUCCGCAACAUGGGCAUGAAGAACAGCCGCAGCAGCCCCUCUCUUAGCGAGCAGUACAUGUUGAGGAAGAAGCGUACAGAGGAGGAGGACAAACUGCUGAAGCUGCUGCAGGGCAUGAAACCCCAGGACGGCUUCACCACCUGGUGUGAACAGAUGCUGCACGCGCUCAACACCUCCGCUAACAACUCCCCCUCCUCGUCCCUGGACGUAGCCACCAUCGUGGCCUAUCUGAAGGAGGUGGAGUCUCCCUACGAAGUCCUUGACUUUAUCCGCUCCUACCUGGGCGACACUGUGGAAGCCAAAGAGUUUGCCAAGCAGUUCCUGGAGCGGCGUGCCAAACAGAAAGCCAACCACCAGAGACAGCAGCAGCAACAGCAGCUAUCAAAAGAAGUUCCAGGACUGUCCGUGAACAACUUUCCUCUACAGUCCAUGUUCCAGGCAGCCCAGAUGGGGAAGGGAGGAAUGUAUGACAGCCAGGCUGCAAAGAUGAAGAAGAAACAGACCAUAAUGCUUCACUCCGACCCCAGUAUCUUAGGAUAUUCAUUCCUGGGCGCAGGGGAGAGGAUGAGCCUGGGCGAGAUGGAAACAGUAGAAGAUUAUUGAUCCACAGCAUCUACCUGAAUCCACCUGAGGCCUUAUACCUGGCAUAUGACACACACACACACACACAUUCACAGACCGACAUACGCACACACACAAUGACGAAUGUGCACUGCUGAGCAACUUUGCCCCCUCUUGGAUGAGGACCUGGUAAAGUACUGUUUUCUCCCUCGUCUCUGUGAGAGGGGCCGGUAGGGGUGUGCAGAGAGGAGUACCCUUCCGCACUUCUUACAAUUAAGCACCUUAAACUAAACUAAUGCACUUUAUUACAUGGGGUUUCAAUAUUUGAAAUGAAGUUUUGCUUGUUUUUUGUUUUUUUGUUGGUUUUAGGAUGCAAAAUGUGCAUAUUGUGCAUAUAUUAUGUCUAUGAUAUGAAUAUACACAAGUGGAUGUGUGUGUGCAAACAUACCCAAGUAAGGAACUGGAGGUUACAUCUCUGAUAAUAAUGGUGAGGGGUUGGGGGAGUGAUGAGCAUUUGUUUUAGAAAGUAUAUUCUUUUUUGAAAAGAGACAUUGUUGUUUUUUAAACAUUGAUAUAGAAUGUAAAGCUAUAGCAAAUGUACAUUUUAUUAAGAAAAAACUUGAAUGUUUGCACUUACAAAAACAAACAAAAGUUGUUGUGGGUAAGUAGUGGAAGAAAAAUAUGUUUCUGAAUGCUGGUGUCUGUGUGGUAGACUCAAAGCCUGCACACUUUUUAUUGCUUACAGAGAUGCAUAAAAAGGCCAUGUUUUUACUUUGUUCCAUGAAACUUUUUUUACUUUGUGAAGAAUGUAUGCAAUUUGUGCCCAUGUUAGAUGUAUGAGUGAUUAGUAGCCAAUGAAUGUGUGCAUGUUAUUUUUGUACAUGGGUUCUUCAAGCGAGAGUGGGAGUGGAUAGGACUCUUUUCAUCCAAUCUUUCAUCAGCUCCUCAUCCCCUAGAUGACUUCAUGAUGGUCUGCGUUUCUGUCCAGUUACCUGACUGGCCGCUCGUGUUCUGGCAUUGGUGCUUUGCUGCCCUCAUGCUCUUCUCUCGCGACGAGUCACUGAGGUAUACAGGCUCUGAUUCGCUGAUUGAACUGUGAAAGCAAAUGUCUUAUUUCAAGGCAGAUUUCUGGGGUAUAUUUUACUGCAGUACAGGCCCUGUCUCUCAAUCUCACUCUUGUUAAAAGAACCAUGAAUAGUUAUGUUUAAUAAUUAUCUUCCUUGUGGUUAUGAAAGUUGGUAAGACCAGAGAUGUUCCUUGCAUUUUUCAAGGGGAUCUAUUGCCUUUAACGACAUGCCAGUGUUGAGGUCUUGCUUUCCUGUUUCCAGGCUGUUUUGCAAGCUAUUGCCACUGCUUGUUUUUUUUUAUAGCUAGUCCUUUCUCUUGUUGCUUUUUGAAUAUGUUUGUCUGUUUAAAACAAAGUGGAAAAGUAUUUGGACUUGAUAUGGAGCACUUUUGAGGCUGCUAAGCUUUUGUAUUUUUAUAUUGUUUUUUUUGCUUCUUAUAUAUAUAUAAAAAUGAAUGUAUUCCAAAAACAGUGCAGUGAGAUGAAGCCAGACUUUAAACAAAUGGUAAUGCGGAGAGUUUUGGGGAUAAAGUAUUAAGAGUCCCUGAAGAUGAGAUAGUGUAAAUUAAACCAAGGUGGACACUGCUGAACACACUGCCUACUGCUCUCUGAAGAACUUCUCGUAAUAAGAUGAAGACGUCUGUCUAUCACCAAGCAAUGUUGUCGUCCUCGAUAGUCUGGAUACAGCGGCAAAUCCUUUCAAACAUGAUGGACUCAUUACAAACCUAUAUACCGAGGAAAUGGUAUGGAAAAUGUAGCAGUAGUUUUUCAAAAGAUUAAUCUGUCUCCUUUUGAUCUUUGAAUGUCUGGGUUGCAACUUCAUUAAUUGUUUUCUUUCUCUCUAAUUGCCUACAACUUGUGAAAAUUGAGUGUUUGAAGAUGUGGCCGGAGGAAUGAUCGGUACUUCAUCUGCAAACUGAAACUGUCUUCGCUUUAACCAUUUUUUUAAUUCUGGAUUGUAUUUUUUUAUUUAAAAAAAAAAAGGGGGAAUGAACAAUUUGAUUUAGACUGGUGACAACUAAUAUGUGGUUAUUUGAAUCCAUGGGUUUUUCAUGGGUUCUUCAAGAAGAGAUCCGAAGAUGGAUAAAAAAAUCUAUUAUGACUCCUUUCAUGCUCCUUGAGCCUCCUCCACAGACUAGUUCCUCAGGCCAGCCUCCUAGCCAUAGCUGAUUCCCCUCUGUACAACAUACUGUGCAACAUGUCUCAUGGGGUUUGGUGGGCUGGAACCAUGUGACUAUAGGUUGCCUGUUUUAAAUUAUGGACAUUUUAAAGAGAUUCAACAAAUGUUCGAAGAAAUUAAAAUAUACUGGAGAGAACAUAUUUUUAUAACAGGCCUACAAUUGGAACCUUUCGAAAUCCAAAACUACUGGACAAUGGACUGACGGGGGGGGACUUGUUCAUCUUCCACUUGUGCUUUUGUUGGUUUUAGUUACAGAACAGAGUGUAGGGAGAUGGACAGGUUUGUGAGAUGCCCCUGUCUCCUUGUAUUUACUCUUUUACUGGACAAGGAUUGCCUUUCCCUGGACAUUCUCCACAAGAAAGGACAGCAUUAAGGAUGACCUUGACACCGAAGUGAACCAGAUUCUUCGGCGUAUCAGAACAAUACUGUGGCUCUCUGAAGGCCAGGAGGAUACCUCAUGGACACUCGCCGCCACCACCUCCUUGCUUGGUCCAUGUAGUGGCCCCUCUGCUGGAUGACUAGCUGCAAAGUGAGGAGGUGUAUCAUGGGCUAAGAUGUGUGGGCUCUCAUACCCUGAAUGACUGGGCUGUUCUGGACCACAGUUGGACAUGGGAUUGUCUCAGAGGAGCAGACAGUAAAGGAGAGAGACUCCCAGACACAAGCUUUGUCCUGGACUGGACUAGACAGAGGAAGACUGAACCCAGCUGAUUGAGGUCUCAACCAGGAGUUAAGACUCAUACACAUGCACCCACACACAGAUCUGAUUGGCAAGUUUCAACUCCUGGAUGUAAAUAGUGAAUGUUUAAUUUGACUUUACUGGUUGUUGUGUAAGACUUUUUGACUCAUUUGGUUUUACUUGCCUUAACUGGACAGAAUAAAAUUGCCCAUGAGUGAUUAUUUCUCCCCACCACCCCUACGUAGUAAUAGGUUUGACCUGAUGGAGUGUAUGGAAUGAUGGCUGGGUUGGUUUGGGACAUCCUUUGAUGUUCUAGCUGAGCAGUAAAAUGAUUGAAGUAAUGGGGAUUAGUGAGAAUGCUGUAAAAAGAGAAUGCUAAAGCUAUUAGAGGAAUGUUUGUAAUGCAAAAUUGGUUUAAAGAAGUUUUGGGGAAAUGUUAUGUUUAUUACCUCUUCUUGCUACUCAAACACAGCAGAAUUGUAGAUGGGGCUGGGCAUUGUAAAUAGUUUUUACUUUGAAGAGAAGUGUAACAGAAUAAAUAAACUAAUGUGUGAAAUGCAA